GGGUGCUGAGCGCUGUCCCUGCCCUCGCAGUGGACGUGCUGCGGGCGCUGGGGAUGCAGCCCGGCCUCCAUGGGGUCUCGGUCACCGCCGGGCUCUGCCCGCAGCGCCCCGGGGCCGUGGGGCCGGACCUGGCGCUCCGCGUGGACAACGGCACCCGGCACAGCGCGCCCACCCGCCUGCUCUUCCCCGACAGCCCCUUCCCGGAGGACUUCUCCAUCCUGGCCACGGUGCGCGCGCGCCGUGGGGCUCAAUCCUUCCUUCUCUCCGUGCACGACGAGCGUGGGGCGCAGCAGCUGGGCAUGGAGCUGGGGCUCUCUCCGGUCUUCCUCUACGAGGACCAGGAUGGGAAUCCACCUCCGGAGCGUUACCCCACCUUCCAUAGGGUCAACCUUGCCGACGGCCGGUGGCACCGCGUGGCCCUGGCCGUGGAGGGCACCAACGUCUCCUUGAUGGUCGAUUGUCACCUCGUGGCCACGCUGCCGCUGCCACGGGGACCUCGGCCCCUGCUCAGCACCCAAGGGGUCACCGUGGUCGGUGGGCGCCUGAUGGAUGAGGAGAGCUUCGAGGGGGACAUCCAGCAGCUGCUGGUGCUGCCGGACCCCGAGGCCGCUCGCUCCUAUUGCCAGCUCCACAUGCCAGGCUGCCAGCACCCCCUGCGCUUCCCGCUCCAUGCCCCAUUCCCGGAGGAGAGCACCCCGGAGCCUUCCUCUGCCCCACGCAGGAAGGGCAAAGGGAAAGGCAAGCGCAAGGGCAAAGGCAAGAAGAAGAGGAACAAGGAGGCGGUGGAGCAGGAUGAGGCCCCUGCCGUGGGCAGCAGGGGGCCCGAUCCUGAUGCUCUCAGCACCUCGACGCCAGCACCCAGCUCCCAGCCAGCCACCGCCAUCAGCAUCCCCCUGAACCCCUCCACGGAUACAGGGAAGGAGCUGGAGGAGGAUGGCACCGGCAGCACCGGCUAUGAGGACCCCAGCAACGGGGAUCCUGGGAUCCGGGAGCGCUUCGUCCCUGCUGACUGGGAUGCGCUGGUGAUCCCGGUUGCCCAGGUAACCUCCCCCUUCCUCCUCCUCAUGCAGGAGCCCGGCUUGAAGGGGGACAAGGGGGAACCAGGCAGCGUGGAGCCGGGUCGUGGAUUCGAGGGGCCCCCGGGACCCCCAGGCCCUGCGGGAGAACCGGGGCCCCCGGGCCCCCCGGGGCUGCCAGGGCUGCCCGGGGACCGCGGGGAUCAGGGUCCCGCGGGACGGCCGGGGCUGCCUGGAGCUGACGGGAUCCGCGGCCCCGCAGGGACCAUCCUCAUGCUGCCGUUCCAGUUUGGAAGCGACUCCCUCAAGGGUCCCACUGUUUCCUUCCAAGAGGCUCAAGCCCAAGCGAUCCUGCAGCAGGCAAAGCUUGCCAUGAAGGGUCCCCCGGGUCCCAUGGGCCUCACCGGCCGCCCAGGCCCCCUGGGUCUACCAGGACACCCGGGCCUGAAAGGGGACGCGGGGGAUGUGGGGCCAAGGGGGCCCCGCGGGAUGCAGGGAGCACCGGGACCCCCGGGCAAGCUGGGCAGACGGGGCCGUGCUGGAGCUGACGGUGCCAGGGGGCUCCCGGGGGAACCCGGCCCCAAGGGCGACAGAGGCUUCGAUGGGCUGCCGGGGCUGCCGGGGGAGAAGGGGCACAGGGGGGACGUGGGGAAGCCGGGACCAGCAGGACCCCCAGGGGAGAAAGGGGCCAAGGGCUUCGAUGGCCCCCCUGGACCUCGGGGGCAGGCGGGGGAAGCGGGCAGCAGAGGCUUGAUCGGCUCCCGGGGCUCCCCCGGGCCCCCUGGACCACCGGGUACCAGUGGCAUUGACGGAGCACCAGGACCUAAAGGCAACGUGGGAAUCCAUGGAGAACCAGGACCCCCGGGGCAGCAAGGGAGCCCCGGUCCACAGGGUCUUCCCGGUCCCCAGGGCCCCGUGGGGCUGCCGGGGGAGAAGGGCCAGCCGGGAAAGCCGGGAAUGCCGGGGGUGGCCGGAGCCGAUGGGCCCCCGGGUCACCCCGGCCGGGAAGGGCCAGCGGGAGAGAAGGGCCUGCAGGGCCCUGUGGGUCCCCCGGGUCCCAUUGGCUACCCAGGACCCCGCGGGGUGAAGGGAGCCUUUGGUGUGCGGGGCCUGAAGGGCAGCAAAGGGGAAAAGGGAGAAGAUGGAUUCCCCGGCUUCAGGGGGGACCUGGGCCCCAAGGGGGAAAGGGGGGACCAGGGCCCGCUGGGACCCCGCGGUGAGGAUGGGCCCGAGGGGAUGAAGGGAGAGGAGGGAAUGAUGGGGGAGCCCGGAGGGACCGGACCUGUGGGAGAGAAGGGCCGGCUCGGUGUUCCAGGUCUCCCGGGCUAUCCCGGGCGCCAGGGUCCCAAGGGAUCCACCGGCUUCCCCGGUGCCGUGGGGCUGGCGGGAGAGAAGGGCAAGAGGGGCAAGGCUGGCCAGGCCGGACCAACGGGGCAGCGAGGGCCCCUGGGUAUCCCAGGGGAUCGAGGUCUUCCUGGACCCACAGGAAAACCUGGACCCAAAGGAGAUCCCGGCCAUGACGGAGCCCCUGGAGCAGUGGGAGAGAAGGGUCCUCCAGGUCCAGAGGGACCCAGCGGCUUCCCGGGUACCAAAGGACCCCCUGGUCCUGCCGGGAAGGACGGCUUGCCGGGACACCCAGGUCAGCGCGGCGAGCCGGGCUUCCAUGGCCGCACAGGCCCCCCUGGCCCCACAGGGGUGGUGGGCCCCCAGGGGAAAUCAGGAGAGACGGGACCCAUGGGGGAAAGGGGACACCCGGGCCCCCCCGGUCCCCCCGGCGAGCAGGGCCUGCCCGGAGCCGCCGGCCGAGAGGGAGCCAAGGGUGAUCCCGGUCCCUCCGGCAUUCCCGGGAAGAGCGGCCCCGCCGGCAUCCGCGGCUUUCCCGGUCCACGGGGCGCAUCCGGAGCCCCGGGCCCUCCUGGAUUGAAGGGUUGGGAAGGACCCCCCGGGCCCCCUGGACCCACAGGCCCCCCCGGAGAGCGAGGUCCCAUGGGAGCUGCUGGAAGCAUCGGGAUGCCCGGCCGGGGGGGGGCACAGGGACCCCCCGGUCCCAUAGGAGAGAAGGGGUCCCCGGGGGAGCGAGGUGCUAUGGGUCCGGCUGGGCUGGAUGGGAUCCGUGGUCCCAUGGGAUUGCCCGGUCCAGGCGGUGCCCCCGGUCCCUCUGGAGAAGAUGGGGAUAAGGGCGAGAUGGGGCUCCCCGGACAGAAGGGCAGCAAAGGGGACAAGGGCGAUGGGGGUCCCCCAGGACCCACAGGGAUCCAAGGACCCAUCGGGCAUCCCGGCCCUGCGGGAGCCGAUGGGGAGCCGGGACGCCGCGGGCAGCAGGGAAUGGUGGGGCAGAAAGGGGAUGAGGGCUCGCGGGGUCACCUUGGUCUGAGUGGCCCCCCCGGCCUGCAGGGAAUGCCGGGUCCCCCGGGCGAGAAGGGUGAGAAUGGAGACGUGGGCCCCAUGGGCCCCCCCGGGGCACCAGGACCCCGUGGACCACAAGGACCCAAUGGUGCUGAGGGUCCUCAGGGAAUGCCGGGCGGCGUGGGGCAACCGGGUGCCGUGGGGGAUAAGGGGGAGCCGGGAGAAGGGGGAGAUCCGGGAGCGCCGGGAGAGCCUGGAGCAGCCGGAGUCAAAGGAGAUGUGGGGGAGAAGGGGGACGCGGGGCAGCCGGGAGCUGCUGGACCCCCCGGCAAGAAGGGGCCUCCGGGAGAGGAUGGAGCCAAAGGCGAGCUGGGUCCCAUUGGAUUCCCUGGGGAUCCUGGUCCCCCUGGAGAGCCCGGUGUGCCAGGUCUGGAAGGAGCUGCUGGAGAGAAGGGUGACAGUGGGGACCCCGGCCUACCUGGACCUCCGGGUGCCUCGGGGGAGCCGGGUCCCCCAGGCCCCCCCGGCCGCAGGGGACCCACGGGACCCAUGGGGCGCGAGGGCCAGCAGGGCGAGAAGGGGGCCAAGGGACACCCUGGCACCGAGGGGGCACCGGGGAAGCCGGGACCCAUGGGAGCCCAGGGAGCACCGGGACAAGCGGGACCCGAGGGGCUGCGAGGGAUCCCCGGCCCUACUGGUGAACAAGGGAUGCUGGGGGCUCCAGGACAAGUGGGCCCCCCCGGCCCCAUGGGUCCUGUGGGGCUGCCCGGCCUCAAGGGAGACCCCGGCCACAAAGGAGACAAGGGCCACGCUGGCCUCAUCGGCCUCAUUGGACCACCAGGAGAGAUGGGGGAGAAAGGAGACCAGGGGCUCCCCGGCAUCCAGGGCCCCCCCGGACCCAAAGGGGACCCUGGCCUGGCUGGACCCAUGGGCCCCCCCGGACCCCCUGGCCCCCCCGGGCUCUCGGGUCCCUUGGGCCAGAAGGGUUCCAAAGGCUCCCAGGGUGCUCUUGGUCCCCGAGGUGACACAGGCCCCCCCGGCCCCCCGGGACCACCAGGCCCCCCGGCCGAGCCGCUGCCUUCUAUGGGGCACCGGAGGCACCGCAGGUCGAGCGGUGGAGUCCGAGGGGAAGAGCAGGAGCCCCCCCCGGCUCCCGAAGGGUUGGAGGAGGCGUUGGCAUCGCUCCGCUCCCUCCGCACCGAAGUGGAGCAGCUCCGGAGGCCCCUGGGGACCGCCGAGAGCCCGGCUCGGGUCUGCAGCGAGCUGGGGCUCUGCCACCCGCACCUCGGCGAUGGGGAGUACUGGAUCGAUCCCAACCAGGGCUGCUCCCGCGAUGCCUUCCGGGUGUUCUGCAACUUCACGGCGGGAGGCGAGACCUGUUUGGGGCCGGAGAGGAGCCUGGAGGCGGUCCGCUUGGCUGCUUGGAGCAAGGAGAAGCCGGGGACGUGGUUCAGCACCUUCAAACGGGGCAGGAAGUUCUCCUACGUGGAUGCGGAUGGGAAGCCCGUGCCUGUGCCCCAGCUCACCUUCCUGCGCCUGCUCAGCGCCGGCGCCCGCCAGAGCUUCACCUUGAGCUGCCAAAACGCCGCCGCUUGGUUCGAUGCCAGCGCCGGCUCCUUCGCCAGGGCCCUGCGGUUCCGAGGGGCCAACGAGGAGGAGCUGGGUUACAACCACCCCAUGGCCCCCAUCCGGGCCCUGCACGACGGCUGCCAGGGCCGGCGCGGCCGGGAGCGGACGGUGCUGGAAGUGGCCUCAUCCCGGGUGGAUCGGUUCCCCCUCCUGGAUGUGGCCGUGCUCGACUUCGGAGCCCCCCACCAGAAGUUCGGCUUCGAGCUCGGCCCCGUCUGCUUCAGGGGCUGAGGAGGAUGGGAUGGGAUGG